AUGGCGAUGCCCAAAGUCAACGACAUACCCACCAGCGUCCAUGUGUGUAUAGUCGGAGUGUUUGUCGUUGUGGCUGGGUUUAUCCUUCUCUUUUCCGUCCGCUUGCACAAGGCCAUCAAUCGAUACAAGGACAAGUCCGAGGAUGCAAAUGCUGGAGAUGCACGAUGGCGAGCUGGCCGUCUCACAGAGGCAGAACAGAGUCUGAUCCCCAACAGUCCAAUCAUGGUCCAAUACGAAGCGGAUGAUGAGGAUGUCGAGACGGCCUCUCAAGCAAGCCCAGCCAAUGUUCGGCCUCCGCCGCCAGCGUAUGGUCGAUGGAGAGGGAGCUAUCGCAUGGAUCCUGAGCUGUUGCAUUGGAGACGCGUUGGCGAUGCUGAGGGCGAGCAGAGAAGUAGCGCGGAUACGGCGCCGCCGAUGUAUGCUUCACCACAGAGACCUACCGUGACGAGGCAAGAUGAAGCUGUUGGAGCGACCGAGAUGGUCGAGGUUGGACGAGCAUGCUAG